AUGACUAGCUUAGAAGAAAGAUACAACAAGGCUUUAGAAUUCAUCAAGAAUCCUCCUGCUGAUUACCCUCCCAUUGAUAUGGACAACACCCAAAGACUUACUUUCUACGCCAUCUUCAGAUAGAUUAAGGAUGGUCCUUGCAAAGGUCCUCAACCUUCUCGUCUAAAAGUUGUUGAAAGAGCUAAAUACGAUGCCUGGAAAGCCCUUGGCAAAAUGAGCAAAGAAGAUGCCAUGAAGAAAUACAUUACUGAAAUUACCAAGCUUGCACCCGGCUGGGAAAAACCCACUCCUAAGUUGUGA